AUGGAUGGUGUCAGCGCCGCCGCCAGCUUUAUUGCCAUCGGGCAGGCGCUGGCUGCCAUACCGAAAGUUGUCAAGGCUGUCCAAGCGUUCGCGAAUACAAGAGAAGAGCUGGAGGAGCUCUUGUUUGAGCUCGACAUACUCGUCGCACUGCACGAAGACGUCCAAAUGUGUUUCGGCCUAAUCGCCGCCGAUGACCUGCCUAACGUCAUCGCUCCCAAGGAGCCCGCGUAUAUUGAGAGGAUAAAAAAGGAGCUCAACCGGCUCCUGGGACAGCUCGAAGAACUGGCAAAGCAGUGCCCAUCGGAAGACAACGGCCAGCGGCUCUCCAAGACCAUGCGCAUCAAGUGGGUCUGGAAGAAAGAGGACAUCACCCGACUUUGUGAGCGAGCCCGCCGGAUCAAGGACCACCUGAAAUCAGCUAUGGACAUGCUGGCUUUCAGGCAAUCUUUACAAGAGCGGCGAAUCCAAAACACGCUGAUCCUGGAAAUGCAUAGUGUGACCGUCGAAAGGAAUGCUUGGGCCAUACAGAAGGGUCAAUGGGACACCGCCAGGUAUUUCUUAACCAGUUUCGAGUACAUGUUGGUAGGCACAGAUUCCAUUAGUCGAGCAGCAAUGCAUGCGCAGGGUCGCCAAUACUUCAAUAUCAAUCUAUCAGACGAAGAGUCAUUUAUCAAUUCCUGGAUCAUCAGACUAGCCGAACAAGACUUGGAUUCGACGCAGUUUCCACUGCACCAAGCAGUCCGGGAUCGUCAUGGCUUGUCAGAUACCUUGCUAUCGCACCCUUCGGCCAUCGACCAACUCGAUGACUCUGGUAUGGCGCCACUACAUAUUGCGUGCUGCCUUAGCAACGAGAGUGCACUAGUAGCUCUUCUCAAUGCUGGGGCAAACCCAGACGUGAAAGACUUCCGGGGAGAUAAGCCAAUCCAUUUGGCUGCCGCGGUUCGGUUGCCUGACUUCGUAAGAAUACUUGUGGAAUCCGGUAGCGACGUGAAUUGCCUCAAUGCUCUCGGCAUGACACCACUCAUGAUUGCAUUACGUGGUGAUUCAGAGUCUGUCAUCGUCAUAGUAUCGUAUCUGAUCGAACACGGCGCAUCGCUGUUCCACAAGGAUGCCACCGGCUUCUCUGUACUAGCUGGUUUAGCAGAUGCGGAUUUACACUCAUCCCUGAAGAAGGAGCUGUUUGCCAUCAUCCGAAAUCAAGUGGUUGCGAUGGUAAAUACAGCUGAUGAUUACGGGCGAGCACGAACCGAUAUUGCUAACGAGCAUGGCUUCAAUGUUCUGCAUUUCGCUGCCAGAUAUGGCUCCUCUAAUAUGUAUGACUAUUUACUCAAAGCAGGAAUCUUAGGCCUGGAUAUUAGGCAGCGUAACGCCAACGCGUUGACACCCGUGGGAGAAUUGUGGUGGACUAUGUACACCGAUUCUGCUGUUCUUUUCCCGGACGAGAGACGACCUCAUCAACGGGAUGUGGACCUCUUUGAGCAGCUUCUGAUAGACGUCAGAAACCGCGGCAUUCUCGCCGAGUGCGCGACUCUCAAGUCAACAAUCGCUGAUAUCAAAGACGGUAAUCCGCUGAAAGCGCGAGAGACUUUGCACAGACUGGCCGGAGACAAGACGAGGGCAAGGAUAGAGGAAGAGGCUGAAACUUUCCGAGCCAUAGCCUUGUAUGUGCGGAAUGAGUUGAUGGAACUGGCUAUUGAGAGUCUGGAGGAGUUCAUGGAGGUUUCGAGAGCGCGACUUGAGAUUUCGCCUUUCGAUGAAGAGCCAAACCCUUGGAUCGACAGUGUUGCGGCUAAAGAUGUGGAGAGCAGACGACGAGAGCCAACAUAG